AUGUACGCUUAUAUCGAAUUAUCGAAUAUAGCUCGAACUGAUUCAAUAAUUCAAUCACUAUCAUGGAUGAGUUAUAUUCCAAAUUCGUCUUCAUCAUUAAACAAUGAUAAUAAUAAUAAUAAUAAUAACAAUGAUCAACCAAAAUCAUCAUCAUCAAUGAAUUUUCAUGAAGGAUGGUUAGCAACGGGUAAUACAAAUCAUAUUGUUAGUGUAACAUAUACAUCAAUAAAAUCAGAUGAAAAUUCUAUUAUACCUGAUCGUACAAAUUUUAAUUUACGUGCACAUCGUACAGAUAUUCGUCUUGUUUCAUGGAAUAUUCCAUAUCAAAAAUUAGCAACAAUUGAUGAAAAAGGUGUUAUUUUUGUUUGGGUUAAACAUGAUAAUCGUUGGUCAUUAGAAUUAAUUAAUGAUCGAAGUCAUCCAGUUACUGAUAUGUCAUGGUCACAUGAUGGACGUAUGACUAUAAUUUGUUAUGAAGAUGGUUUUAUACUUGCCGGUUCUGUUACGGGACAACGCUAUUGGUCAACAGUUUUGAAUAUUCCUCAGGCAAAAGUUUCAGCUGUUACAUGGAUGCCUGAUGUUUCACAUGUUAUCCUUGGUACAACAGCAGGACAAUUAAUUGUCAUGGAUCAUCAUGGAAAUACAACAGAAGUUCAUUCUUUAUCAACACAAUCGAUUCGACAAUUGAUUUAUUCAUGCAAUAAAUUCUAUCCAGAAGCACCAGAUAAUAAUGCAACAAAAUUUAUUAAUGAUGAUUAUAUACUUGCAUGUAGUCUUGAAAAUGGGCAAGUACUUUUUCUUAAUAAUUAUCAUGAUCCAUCACCGAUUACUGUUUAUACAGAUCUUCAAAAUAUUAAAAUGGAUUGGUCAUCAUCAAAUGAAAUACUUGCUGUUGGUGGUUACAAAAAUUUAAAUGAUAUAAACUAUUUAAAUCAAAUUAUAUUUUAUACUCGUCGAGGAGAAUUUUUAUAUCGUGUUCAUCUUCCACAAACGACUCAACCAUUAACUGCUUUAUGUUGGGCACAUGGAAAUGAAAUUGUUUUUGUUGCAUGUGGUUCAUUUGUUUAUACAAUUUGGAUAAUUCAUAAAUCAUUACCGUCCAUGUUUACAUUAUGUCAGAUGAAAAUUAAACAAAGUUUAUUAAAUAAUUCUUUACAAAAUUUUGAUAAACUUUAUUUACCAAAUAAUCUAAAACAAAAUCUUUUUUAUUUAUUUCGUUCAACAAUAAAAGGUUUUUUACCUGAUCAUAAAAAUUUACGUUCAUUUGUAUGUAAUCCAUUAAAAUCUCAUCUUCGUUUACAAUGUACAAUGAAACGUAUUGAUAAUGAAAUUGAAAAUAUUUCAUCAACACAAACAACAAAUAAUUUAUCAGGAGCUAUUUAUGUUUUAUAUUUAGAAUAUCUUGGUGGUCUUAUACCAUUAUUAACAGCAAAACGUAUAUCAAAAAUUUGUCCAGAUUUUAUUAUAUUUGAUCCACAAAUAAAAACAAAUGAUUUAUCAUUAAAUUCAUCAUUAUUAACACCGUCAUCUAAAUUAUUAACUAAAAAAAAAUUUUUAUCAUUAAGACGACAUUCAAAUACAUUAAAUAAUCUAUCAAAUAUUCAACAAUCAAAAUUUGUCAAUAAUAAUAAUAGUAAUAAUCGUACAGUUUUAAUUGGUAAUCGAAAUUCAAUAUAUGUUGCUGAAACAAAUGUUCAUCAUGGUAAUGAAAAUAUUACAAUUACAAAAAGUAGUUCUGGUUGUAGUUCAGAAAAUGAUUCCGAUGAUGAAAAUGAUGGAAAUAUGAGUGAUUUACAAGAAAAACAAUCAAGAAAAAAAACAAUAAUCAAAAAUAAGAAAUUAUGUACCAUAGCAGCUAAUAUAUGGGGCACACGUUUUAAAUUUUAUGGUCAUUCAAAUCAUUUACCUGAUGUUUUGGGUAGUGUAACUUAUAAAACUUCAUUUUUACAUUUACAACCUCGUCAAAUGACUGUUAGAGUAGCUAAUAAUUAUAAUAUUCGUAAACAAAAACAACAAUCAAUAAUUAAAACAAAAUCUAAGAAAAUUAUAAAUUCUUCAAAUCGUAAAACAAAACAAAUAAAACGUAAUAAAAUUGAUGAAAUUAUUGAUAAUGAAAUAAAACAUUCAUCAAAUAUUCCUAUUGCUCCAAUGUCUCCACAAUUAUCAAAUAUUCGUUCAAGUUUACUUCUUUAUCAACAACCACUUUCAUCAUCUAUAUAUGAAUCUAGACAAUCAUCACGAAUAAAAACUAAAUAUCUAUCACAAAGAUCAUCUCGUCGUUCACAACGUUCAUCUAUAGCAACACCAACAAUUCAUCAACGACAAACUAAUAUUGAUUCAUCAGCUGCAAAUUCAUCUUCAACAUCACCAAUUAAUUUAAGUCGUUCAACAUCUCCGGCAGCAUCCGUUACAAAUUUUAUUCGUCCUAUAUCACCACCUUGUAUACAAGUUAAACAACCAAUAUCACCAAAAUUUUCUCGAACAUCUUCAACAACUAUAACAAAUUAUCAAAGAUAUUAUCGUAAUUGUUCACCACAAACAACAGUAUCAUCUAUGACAAAUAAUAUUGAUGCAUCAAUUGCUAGUGCCACAACAACAUUAUUAAUUGAUGAUUCAUCUGGUUAUGAUAGUAAUGAAAAUCCAAAUAAUCAAACAAUAAUUAAUACAAUUUCACAUGUACCAGAAAAUUGUUUUGAACCAGAAACAUAUCGUAAUUUAUAUCCAUUUAAUAGUAAUCAACAAAAAAAAUUAAGUUUAAGUGAUCCAACAUUAAAUCAAACAAAAAAACAUUCACAACAACAACAACAACAAGAACAACAACAAAUCAUAUUAAAUUCAACAAAAACUAAUCAAUAUUUUUCUAUUUCAUCUUUACAACAACAAACAUCAAAAGAAGAUGAACAUAUACAUACUGAUAAUGGCGAUGAUGAUGAUGAUGAUGAAACUCAAAAUCUCAGUUCGCAUCAACAAACAUUAUCAAAAGAAAAGAUUACAACGACUAAUGAAUCGCGCAAAAAAUAUACAAGUCCACGACAUCGUAUGAUGACAUGUACUAGUGGAAUGAAUGAUUCUUUAACAAAAUUAUCACCAUCAUCAGAUGUUGAUCAAUUAGAUAAUCAAAAUGAUACAUCAUUUUAUGUAAUGCAAAAUCGUCCACCCUUGUGGAAUGAACAAUCUCAAGUAUAUCAAUUAGAUUUUGGUGGUCGUGUAACACUUGAAUCAGCAAAAAAUUUUCAAAUUGAAUUUAAAGGCAAACAAGUUAUUCAAUUUGGUCGUAUUGAAAAUAAUUGUUAUACACUCGAUUUUGAAUGGCCUUUUUCACCAUUACAAGCAUUUGCCGUUGCUCUUGCUAAUAUAACUCAACGUCUUAAAUAA